UCAGUUGUGAGGUUCUCAGGUCUCCCCGGCACAUACACACGGAUUGAAUCCGUAUGCGACCGAUGCUGUGAACUGGAGAGAAUGAGAAACGUGUGAAUAUCCAUUCAGGUUUAUAUGUAUUUGAAGCAAUACUAACAUACGUGGCUGGAGUUGAUGUUUUAGAGCACUUCUGUGUCGCUUUGUACAUUUGAAUAGGAGAGAAAGCAAGCCAGGCAAUGAACUGCUACUCGGACUUGUAACUACCGUUGUAAGGCAAAUGUUCAGCGACAGCUAGCCAACAACUGGAAUAGGGACAUAAGCGUGGCUCCACACAAAAGGACUCAGACUUGAGUGAGCGACUGUACCAAAAGUAAGCCAUGCCAUCGGUGAUGGAGCGAUCCGGUUCUGGUGUUCUGUCCCGAAGCAGGGCCAAAACAGUCACAAAUGGCAACAGCCAACACUCUGACGACGAGAGCAGUGAUGAGGAACACACACAUGCAGACAGUAUGAUUCGCGUUGGUGGGGACUACCAGGCACAGAUCCCAGAAUUCAACCCAGACUCUGCAACUCGUUACAGUGAGAAGGACCAGAGGAGCAUGCUGGUUUGGUCACCCAACACCAUAGUGUCUGAUGCCAUGCUGGAUGAGUACAUCGUGAUGGCCAAAGAGAAGCAUGGGUACAACAUGGAACAGGCUCUUGGCAUGCUCCUGUGGCACAAGCAUGAUGUCGAGAAGUCACUGGCUGACCUCGCCAACUUUACUCCCUUUCCUGAUGAGUGGACAGUGGAAGACAAAGUUCUCUUCGAACAGGCUUUCAGUUUUCACGGCAAGAGCUUCCACCGCAUCCAACAGAUGCUGCCUGACAAGCUGAUCUCAAGUCUGGUGAAAUACUACUAUUCCUGGAAGAAAACCAGAACCCGAACAAGCGUCAUGGACCGCCAAGCACGCAAGCUCCUCAGCAAAAGAGAAAAGGAUGAGAGUAAUGAUGAGAUGGAGGAACGGGAGCCAGGCAGCGACAGUGACUUUGAAAUUAAUGCCAGAAAAGAGGCUGGAAAGCAGCACUCUGGAAAUGGAGGGAGCGAUAAGGGCUCAAGCAAGUCUGGUCCAACACGGAAAGAAAACCAGGGUGCACAGUACCGACACCACCCACUACGGGCUCGCCGGAGGCCUCCUAAAGGCAUGCACCUGGGCCAGGAGGACAUUGUCGCCCUCUCGGCCUCCACUGAUUCAGGAGCAGUUACUGUCAGACACCUGGAUACACAGCUGGUGUCACUUAAGAGACAGGUCCAAAGUAUCAAGCAAAGCAACAGCGUUCUCAAGCACAACAUAGGUGAAGGAAUUGAUGGAGUGAGAGCCACAGAGCCCAACCAAAAAAUGAACUCACGCUGGACGACAGAGGAGCAGCUCUUGGCUGUUCAGGCUGUCAGGAAAUACGGUAAAGACUUUGCAGCCAUAGCAGAUGUGAUCGGCAACAAGACGGUAGCACAGGUGAGCUCAUUCUUCGUGAGCUACCGAAGACGCUUUAAUCUUGACGAGGUGCUUCGUGAAUGGCAGGCAGAACAGGAUGUGGUUCAGGGGAACAGCGGGAGAACUGCAGACGUGGACCUGAAUGGGUCGGCAGGAGUGGAAGAGGAUGAGGUGAGGAUGGACGGUGUCUCUCCCCCUCACUCCAACAGUCCUCUGCCCUUCUCUGACACCAGUGUUACUGGCAGCACCAACUCUGCGCAGUCCUCCCCACCCCUCACUCAACCUCCACCCUUACUGCGCCCUGUUCCCCCCUCAGCGCCUCCCAGCCUGCUGCGCCAGCCUCCCCCGCUACAAACACGACCUCUACAGAACCGGACGCCCCACAAUCACCCACCCCCACCGCUUAUCAGACCUGCAGUGGCAUCAUCAAUCCACCAGGGGGCAGCGAGGAACUCCUCCUCUGCUGGACAGCUGCCACCCUCGCUGGUUGGGCUGAAGGUGGAAUCCCCUCAGUCACACUGAUUGCCAUGUGGUACUUGCCCUUUUACAAUGAUUUAAGAAUUUUUGUCUUACUGGAAAAUUUGCAAAAUGGUUGUAAAAGGGCAUGAGACAAAAAUAAACAUAGAAUUUAACAGGAAGCAGUGCUGGGUUUGAAAUAUGGAAAUGCACCAAAAUAUGCUUAUUUUAGUGAGUUAGACUCGCAGAUCAGGAGGUUACGGUGUACUUACCAAGGAAUCACACUUCUCUUCAGGACAAAAGAAGUGAAGGCCCUUCACAUACAUGCAUAUAUUAUGAAAAAAAUACAACUCAGUGUUGCCAAAACCAAGAAACUCUACUGCCCCACAAACUCGCCUGUCCUCAGGUACUACAGUUAUACCUCGAAACCAAUCCCAAGCACAACUGUUUCCAUGGCAACUACAGCUAUUGAAACACCAUCAGUUAUAGAAAGCUCAGCAAAAAAGUAGAAAAGUAUAAUUUUUAACCAAAAUUGAGGGGUAGAAAACCUUAUACACUGGAUUGCAAUGGCACGAUCGUCAUCUCUAUGGCAACAGCCGGACAUCAUCUAGUGUGUAUGACUAUAAAGACGCUACAGAGUGUUCUGAAAUGCACCCAGUAUCAGGAAACUGGGAAAUUGUGUUCAUAGCAUUAUACUGGGUGAAGCAGUUUUUGUUGUUUGUAUAAUUAGGUCCUUAAGAUAUUGUUAGGUAGUGAAUUUAUGUAGUACUAGUUAAUAUUGACUAAGCACUAAAUAAUGCAAAAUACUUGAUCGUUUUUGUUGCAACUCUGGAAUACACUCUGGAGUUCACCUUGCUCUUAAAAGGCACAAACAUAAGACAUCGAACACUAAAGAUGAUUGCUGAAAAAGCACGCUGAUAAGAUGAAUUCUCGUUUCUUCCAAAAUGUCGUACGUGAGAACUGUUUACAUGUCAACUGAAUUUGCUUGUGACUAUUUUUUGUUUGUUUUCAGAUUUUUCAGAAUAAAAAAAGAGAAAAUUA